ACUCUAAGUUGAAACCGGAAGACAGCUACAAGACCGCAGCCAAAAUGGCGACUCCCAUGCAUAGAUUGAUCGCACGUAGACAAGCGGAGGCUAACAAACAACAUGUACGCUGUCAGAAAUGUCUGGAACAUGGCCACUGGUCUUAUGAGUGCACAGGGAAAAGGAAGUACCUUUAUAGACCUUCCAGGACAGCGGAGUUGAAAAAGAAACUCAAAGACAAAGAGAACAACAUCUCAAACGAGACGGGACCUGGAAUAGUAUCUCUAACUGAGAAAAAGACGAAGAAAAAAAGGUCCUCCUCCAGUUCCAGCGGUAGCGACAGUGAUUCCUCCCGCUCUUCCAGCGAUUCUUCCUCCGACAGCAGUGAUUCGUCCAGCUCCUCAUCCUCGUCUGAAGACAGCAGCAGUGACAGCGAGGACAGUUCCAGCUCAUCUUCCUCGUCCACUUCCUCCACUUCCGACUCUGAUUCAGAUUCCGCCAGCAGUUCUGACCACGGCCCACCAAAAAAGAGAAAAAAGAAGAAAUGAGGCCCUGGUUCAUCUAAUUCAAACACAGAAGUCAUAUCACACACAGACAGUACUGACAACAGCCCGGUGAAGUUAAAAUACCCAACAAAGUGUCUUCUCUGCCUCCUUUCCUCCUCUAGGACAUGUAUUGAUACACAGGAUAUGAGAGCAGGGUGGACACAGUAGCUUAUCAUUUUCCUUUGUCCUUUGAGUGAUAUGUCAAGACUAUAAAUUAUAAUGCAGUCACACAUAAUUUAUUUAUAGUGACACCUGUUUUUUUUAUUAUACUUCCUAUUGACCAUAAACAAUCCAUUUUUGAUUCUCUGCUGGUAGGAUGUGCAUUAUUGUACUUAAAUGACUGCUAACAGAUAUUAAAGGGAUGCAUAUUGAAAGGGACUGGGACAAUGUUUUAAGAACUUUUUUUUUUUUUUUAAGAAUAAUGUGCCCUUUGUGAGAUGUGAUGUAAAUUUGGUAUCAGUAUAUCAAAGAAUUUGAUUAAAUGCUGUGAAAUUUACCAUUUCAACAAUAAUGUUUAGUUACUGCUAUAAAAGCAGAAUCCACUUUUCAAAUCUCAAUAUAUUUUUACAGAUCAACGUGUGUACAUAAACUAAGGAAAGGAAUAAUAAUAUUAAUGGUUAAAGGAUGUGGGAACGAUUAAAUGCAUCUGACUUAUAUGUUUUCAUGCAGUAAGGAGAGUGGAGAAAAACACACACCCUCCUUUGUCUCAAAACCAAGCAAGGUGACAUCAGACAUCAUUUUUGAGAAUAAUAUCCAUUUGGCUAUUUAUGUAAUAUUUUCACGUUCUACUUAAUCAUUUAUUUUAUAUAUUUGGUUUAUUGAUAAGUGGCACCAUUUGGUUAGUUUCUGAAGAAUAGCCAGUGUUGAGUAAUAUACUCUUUAAAAGUAAUCACAAAUUACAGUUACUUUAAAUGUAAUCAGAUUACUGGUUACUUAAUCGAAAACUAAUAAUUUCUAAUUGUGUUCGUUUUAUGUUACUUUGCUAAUUGCUUUUCACGAAUUUUUUUUUUUUCACUUAGCGAAACGAAACAAUGUCUAUAUUUCCUCCUUGUUCAUUGUCGCACACCAUUCAGCUGUCACAGAAACGCAAACAGACGCGCAUAUGCACAUAUAAAUUCAUAUCUUAAAUGUAUUAUGGAUAAAUAAUAUUAUUUUUGAAAUGUGUGUAAGCCAAGUAAGGUACUUAAAAGUAUUUAACAUCAUUGGAAGUCAGUAAUUGUAAUCAGAUUAUAAUUCAAAAUACUUUCUGGUUACUAAGUACUUAGAUUACGGUUCCUAACUGCUUUGUAAUCAGAUUACACCCAAUGCUGAGAAUAGAUAAACAACAGUCUUUACAUGUAACUUAUUUAAUGUGUUAUUUGCAUAAAUUAUAUGUAACAGUUAUUCAUUCUCAAGUGAGAAUUGCAUAGCAUUUUACAAUUAGUCAGAGAUCAAAAUACAUUUAUGAUCAUUUAGAUUGCAAAGCAACAUCAGCAUAAAUAUAAUGCCAUUAAUGAUAGUUAUAUUUGUUUGUUGUCACUAAACAAAUUCAUAAUGCAGAACGUAUUAUGUUUAUUUUGAUGUAGUCUUAGGGUUUUCAACCAGGGUGUCCAUGGAGAUGUCUUUAAAAAAUGUUUAUGCCACUUCUAUCUGAAUACAUCUUUGCUAAUUAUCUGUUCAGCAUUAUAUAAUGUAGUAAUGUUAAUGUUCUUAAAGGAAUAGUUCAAGCAAAAAAUGAAAAUUCUCAUCAUUUAUCACAAAUGUCUUGAAGCGAUAUGGUAGGUGUGAAUAAGAAACAGAUCAAUAUUUAAGUCCUUUUUUACCCCCAAAAAUUCUCCUCCCUGCCCAGUAGGCGGCGAUAUGAGUGAAGAUUGUGAACUGCCAAAAACAAAAGAAGAAUGUGAAAGUGGAGAUUUGCAGUAAAAAAGGACUUAAAUAUUGAUCUGUUUCUAUCAUAUCACUUCAGAAGAUAUGGAUUUAACCACUGGAGUCUUAUGGGUUACUUUUAUGCCACCUUUAUGUGCUUUUUGGAGCUUAAAUUUUUGAGUCACCAUUCACUUGCAUUGUAUGGACCUACAGAGCUGAAAUAUUCUUCUAAAAAUCUUCGUUUGUGUUCUGCAGAAGAUAGAAAAUCGAACACAUCUGGGAUAGCAUGAGGGAGAGUAAAUAAUGAGAAAAUUUUUCAUUUUUGGGUGAA